AUGCAUAUAAUUAUAGGUCUUCGAAUAGAGGAUGAUGCUCUCAUGAACCUCUGCUUAAUUGAAAUUGAGAAACUUCUCCACUGCAAUGAGAUGUCACUUAAAGAAUUUCCAUGUAUGUCAUAUCCCAGAUUUUCUGAAACUCUACAAUUUGAAAACAAGUUUGUUGCUGACGAGUGGAAUUACAGUAAACAAGAAAUGCGCGAUACACAUGAAGCACUGUUAAAGUCUUUGACUGCUGAGCAAUCUAAAGUGUAUAAACAAAUAAUGAGUUCAGUUUUGUCCGACGAUGGAGGGUUUUAUUUUCUAUAUGGAUUUGGAGGUUCGGGGAAAGCAUUUGUGUGGAAUACAUUGUCUUCAGGUUUAAGAUCACAAGGACUCAUUGUUUUGAAUGUGACAUCAAGUGGUAUUGCUUCUUUGUUGUUGCCUGGAGGAAGGAUUGCUCAUUCAAGGUUUUCUAUUCCUAUAUCAAUUAAUGAUAUAUCAACCUGUAAUAUCAAACAAGGAUCUCAAAAGGCUGAAUUACUUCAAAAUGCAAGUUUGAUCAAAUGGGAUGAAGCACCAAUGUUGAACAAACAUUGUUUUGAAGCAUUAGAUAGAACUUUGAAUGACCUCAUGAAAACCCGUUUGAAUUUUGGUUAUGAUAAACCAUUCGGUGGUAAAGUUGUGGUCUUGGGAGGUGAUUUUAGGCAAAUUAUUCCUGUUGUCCCAAAAGAAACCAGAGAGUUUGCAGAAUGGAUUCUACAAGUUGUAAAUGGUACGGUGAACACAAUUGAUGAUGCUCAAACAAUGAUAGAAAUACAUCCAGAUUUGUUGAUAGAAAAAUCAGAUGAUCCUAUACUUAGCUUGGUGAAUUUUGCUUAUCCUAAAAUGAUUGACAACAUGAAAAACCAUUCAUUCUUUGAAGAAAGAGCAAUUUUGGCACCAACCCUUGAGAGUGUUGAGCAUGUCAAUAAUUUCAUGUCUUCUAUGGUUCCUGGUGAUGAGAAGGAAUAUUUGAGCUUUGACAUUACAUGCAAGUCUGAUGAGGACACAAAGAUAGAAGGAGAUUGGUUCACUUUUGAGUUCUUGAAUGAAGUCAAAUGUUCAAGAAUUCCAAACCACAAACUUAAUUUGAAGGUUGGAAUUCCAAUUAUGCUUCUUCGGAAUAUAGACCAGUCUAUUGGUUUAUGUAACAGAACUCGCUUGAUAGUAACUGAUUUGACAAAAAAUGUCAUUGCAGCAUCAAUUCUAAUAGGUAAAAAAAUGGGAGAGAAAGUUUUAAUCCCUCGAAUUAACUUAAUACCAUCUGACCCUGGUUUGCCGUUCAAAUUCUCAAGACGGCAAUUUCCUGUCACAUUAUGCUUUUCAAUGACUAUAAACAAGAGUCAAGGUCAAUCGUUAUCUCAUGUUGGCUUAUAUUUGCCUAGACCAGUUUUCACUCAUGGUCAGCUCUAUGUUGCUCUCUCAAGAGUGAAGUCAAGAAAAGGGUUGAAAUUAUUGAUUUUAGAUGAUGAAGGAAACCUCUCAAACGCAACAAAGAAUGUUGUAUACCAAAAAGUGUUUGACAACAUAUAA